UACUCCACCCGACCUUUGGACAUAUGUGUUGGUUGCCGGCCAAGGAGACUCAAUUCAAUAUUACUGCUGUGUCAUUUCCCUAACGUAGCACGUAUAUAUAGCUGCGGGACCUCCAGUUAAUUGUCACAGGUAAGCAGGCUGACGUCAAAAUGGUUAAGGCAAAGAAGUGGAUCCUUGCAACAAAGUUUGAUGGGGAACCAAAGGACUCCAACUUCAAGCUUGAAGAAGAGGACCUGCCUGCAUUGAAAGAUGGAGAAUUCAUCUGUGAUGCAGUAUAUCUCAGUGUGGAUCCAUACAUGAGGGCGCAUGCUUUCCCUGUCGGGAGUAGCGUCAUCGGCGAACAGGUAGCAAGGGUGACGGAGAGUAAAAGCAAGGACUACCCUGUAGGAUGCCUGGUCCAGAUGUAUGCGGGGUGGCGUUCACGUACACUGGUCGACCCUACAAAACCAAAAGACAUGGAAGCCAUUCGUCUCCUCAAAGUGCCAGAUCUUGGAAAACUGGAGCCAUCUCUCGCACUGGGAAUCCUGGGAAUGCCUGGGAUGACAGCCUAUUUCGGGUUCCUGGAACUCUGUCAGCCUAAGGCUGGGGAGACUGUGUUGGUCAACGGUGCCGCGGGGGCAGUGGGCAGUGCUGUCGGACAGAUCGCCAAGAUCAAGGGGUGCAAGGUGAUUGGCUUUGCUGGAUCAAAGGAGAAAUGUGAUUGGGUGAAGAGUCUUGGAUUUGAUCACGUGUUCAACUACAAGGAAGCAGACAUCAGCAAAUCCUUGAAAGAGGCGGCCCCUGAUGGAAUUGACUGCUACUUUGAUAAUGUGGGAGGAGACUUCACGUCUAAAGCACUCCAACACAUGAAACUGUUCGGUAGAGUUUCUAUUUGUGGUGGUAUCUCAAUCUACAGUGCCACAAAACCACCACUCACUCCAGAUCCGUUCAUGACGAUCUUAUCCAAACAACUUAAAGUGGAAGGUUUCAUCGUGUAUCGGUGGUGGGCAAGAUUCUUGGAGGGUAAAGCUGAAAUGAAGAAAUGGAUAGACGAAGGCAAGAUCAAGUACAGAGAGACGGUCAAAGAUGGUUUCGAGAACAUGCCCCAGAUCUUCAUGUCUUUGUUGAAAGGAGCCAACAUCGGGAAGAUGAUCGUUAAAGCCUAGACCAGCCAUUUGAUAACUGAGUGUUGGCAUUUCAUUCCGCUUCAAUUCAUGCUUAUGUAUACAUAGUAUUUGCAUUUAAUGUGAAACUACGUUAUAGUGACGCCGUGGCUAAAUCCAUUGUUGUGAUAAUGUAGGUGUGCGGUGCAUAUAUAUUGAGAUUUGUAACUCAAGAGACAUAUAUAAGAUCAACAAUCCAUACACUGUGAGAUUUAUAAAUAUAUAUCAGGACAUAGGACGAAUCCUUGUUUUCGUCGUUUAUUGUUGAUAAAAAGAGGUAUCUGUAACAAACAAUUCUUACUGAGGUUUUGAUAUAGAAUGUGAUAGCUGUGUGUGCUUUUCUCUAAUUUAUUCACGUAUUCUAGUAGUUCAAUAAUAUUCACGCCGAAGGCCCUUGUUCGAUUCCAUGAAUGGGUACAGUGUGUUCUGGGCCCACUUGCACAAAGCGAUCUUAGCUCUAAGACUAUUGUAAGCCUAUGUUAAAGUAUGGGAGUUACAAUCAUCUUAGCGCUAAGAUCGCUUUGUGCAAGUGGACCCAGGUGUCCCCCGCCGUGGUACAAGCGGCGUAAGACCUCACUUACACGAUCUUAGGAAAUCCGAAAUAAUUUAAUUGUGAAAUAUAUUUCAAUAUAUUUGUUCCCAUUGUGGCCAUUAAAAACGUCUUGUAUGUAAAUAUAAGCGACAAAGCCCUUUCCAAAGUCAUAAAGCAGAGUCGAUUGUACGAUUCCGACUAUAUCAUGAGCACGUGUUUAUGAAUCACUAUCAUACAGUAAAGCACUGUACACGGUCUACCAAAGAGCACGUGCUCUACCCAUAUCAGUUUGUUCGUUCGGGUUGUUCAUUCCUUGUGAGAUUUGAAUGCCACAAAGACGUCAGCGUUUGACCCCAUUAACAGAUUGUUCUGUGCUCGUUCCAUUACAUUGUUUAAUGAAAUAAUUCGUUUUCAUAUU